GGCUUCAAAAUGAACGCAGGUGUCUUCGCCUUCUUCUUUAUCCUCGUCGGGAGCGGUCAAUGGCAAUUAAUGUCAUGUCGUCGAGUACACUCAUCAGAUUACUUCGAUCCAAGCGCCUACAUAGAAGAUUGGACAUUAGACAAUGAAAAUGAAACACUUCAUUUGCCUUCGUCAUACCUCCACAGCUUCGGAUAUAAUCACUCGUGGAAUGGUUACAGUAGCAAUGAAGAUGGCGCAAAAUUGCGUUAUUAUUUCGGUUCAAGGAGCGAUUAUAAGGAAUGGCCCUUGUCAGAAGGUCAUAAAAUUUUUUCAUACAGUUGGUACGAUCCCAGUAAGCCAACCGUGAUUUUUACUCACGGUUUCACAGGUUUUCCCGAAGGUUUAGCGGUAGUUUCGGUAGUCGGUUUCUUCAUAGAAGAAGGCAAGAGUAAUGUGAUACUUUUGAAUUGGCAACAUCUCGCUGCCCACGUGUAUCCCAGCUUCGUGAAUUCAUACUUGAAUUGGGCCGCACCAAACGCAAUAAAGGUUGGGGCGGAGUUUGCGGAAACUCUGUUGAACUUGUCAAAGACGGGACUAGAUUUGGGAAAGACCCACUUAGUUGGACAUUCUCUUGGAGCGCAUAUCUUCGGGAUUGCUGGCAAUAGGAUUUCGGAGAGAGGGGUCCAGUUACCUUGGAUUACAGGAUUGGAUCCAUCCAGUGCAGUGUUUGAUAUGAAACCUGCUCAUAUGAAACUGAACCCAAAUUCUGCGCGUUACGUGUCAGUAGUACAUUCUGAUCCGAGUAAAUACGGCAGCAGUAAAGAGCUUGGCCUUGUGAAUUUUUGGCCCAACUACAGAAACCGUGGGCCAGUUUUACAACCUGGAUGCCCAGCCGGUCGCCAUGCUAGAUUCUCCAGCGAAGAUUUAUGCAGUCACCAUCGAUGUUGGCAACUCCUAAUAGACUCGUACAAAUAUCGUGGAACUCUGAUUGGUAGUUACGCUACAAGCUUUAGAAUAUGGAAAAAUUAUUCGAAGGAUGAACGAAAUGCUGACGUUUUAGGAUUGGAGACCUAUAAUCCCGUAGCGAAACCUGGAAACUAUUAUUUAAUAACGGCUGGAAAAUCUCCAUAUGGAUUGGGAGAAGAUGGAUUAUGACUAAUUGAAUUUCAAGAGGCCUAUUUUUCUAUAUUUAUAUCACUGUGAUAUGAGAAAUAAAUAUUUAA